GGCGCACGAUGACCGUUUCAAAACUCUCCGAUCUCCCCUCGCUCCCUCCCCUCCGCGGAGCGCGUAGCGCCCCACCAAACCCCUCCUCCCCUCCUCCUCUCACCCCCCAACACCCCGCAUUAUGCGAGCGUUGGUGGCUCUACCUCUCUCCCCGCUCCCAAGCUCCAUCAAUGGCGAAGAAGAAGCAGCCCCACGAACAUGGAGGAGACGAGGUAGGAGGAGACGAUGCCGCGGAGGCGGAGGCGGAGGCGGAGGGGGAGGCGGUGGCGGUGGCGGAGGAGGAGGAGGGCUCCGGCGACGACGAAGAUGAAGACGAUGGUGAUUGCUUCUUCGAGUCGUUAGAUCGGGUCCCCUCCGGGAUCUCCUUCGACUUCGAGUUCCCCUCCUCGGGAUCCGACGACGAAGAGGACGAGGAGGACGAUGUGCGCUUCUCCUUCGUCUCCGCCGUGGGCGCUCCUUCCGAGUUCCGGAUGCGCGCCAUGGCGAUGGAGGAGGAUGGGGGCCGCGGUGGUGGUCAGGGCGAGGGCGGGGGGCGGGCGGUGGUGGUCAGGGCGGAGCCCUUCUCCAUCAAGGAGCGGCGCCGCCGCCUCCUUCAGGGCAUGGGCCUCGCGAGCGGGAAGGGCCUCUCCCUCCUCAGCCUCAGCCGCAGCCGCAGUGGCGCGGGGGGGAAUGCCCCCGAUCGCGCCGCGUCACGCCGCCUCCUCUCGAUCGCGUCCCGAAACGCCGUUUCCGGCGACGCCCAUGGCGCCGCGGCGGCGGCGACGACGGCGACGGCGGUGGCCGCAGCAUCGGCGUCGUCUUCUACGCCGACGCCCUCGCCGAACCCCGCGAUCGCGCGCUGCAGAUCCGACACUCACCUCGCAAAACCCUCGACCAAACCCUUCCCCACCGCCGUCUCCCGCUCCUCCUCCGCCCCGCCCUCGUUGCUCGACCCCCUCAGAUCACCAUCUCUACCCGAUCCCCGAAUCACAGGGCACGCCGGAUCAUCUGGCGCUGGAGAUGGCGAUUUGAUGUUGGGGAUGUGCCGGAUCAAGAACCUGGACACCGGAAAGGAAUUCGUGGUCAGUGAGCUCGGCAAGGACGGGACCUGGGGCCGCCUCAAUGAUACGCAAACUGGAUUGCAAUUGAGCUUAGAAGAAUUCGAGAAGUUCCUCGGAUAUUCCCCCAUUGUGAAGGAAUUGAUGCGUCGGGUGAAGAAUACCGAUAACUCCGUUCGCCAGGCAUUCCGCGGCGGCGGCAAGAGCUCGAAACAUAGUGGUAGGAAGAAGGGGGGAUGGCUCAAAAAUAUCAAGUUUGUGGCCAGCUCUGUCACCGGACUCAUUUCGGAGAAGGAUACGACGAUUGCAAAGUCGUCGGCCACUUCGGCCCUAAGUUCCUCCUCCUCCUCCUCCUCCAAUUCCUCGGAGAGGUUGAAAGUUCAUCAGCAUGGUAAGUCCUACAAGGAGCUCACAGGCCUCUACAUGAGCCAGGAGAUCCAUGCCCAUCAGGGUUCCAUUUGGUGCAUGAAAUUCAGCUCGGAUUCCCGUUACUUGGCCAGUGCGGGCGAGGAUCGGAUCGUUCGUGUGUGGCAGGUCCUCGAAUGCAAUUUCUCCUCCUUUCAAGAGCAAGAGGCAGCAGUUCGAUCCUCGCCUCCUUUAGUUCCUCUUCCUGUCCCCAAUGGAUCGCUAGACAACCGGUCAGCUUCCCUCAGGAGCCAGCCGUCGAAGCGGACUAAAAGGGGCAAGAGCAGAAAGAAAGCUAUACCCGAUCACAUUGUAAUUCCGGAGACCAUCUUCUCGCUCUCCGAGAAGCCCAUUUGCUCCUUGGAAGGCCACCUAGAUGAUGUCCUUGAUCUCUCUUGGUCAAAAUCUCAGCAUUUGUUGUCAUCUUCAAUGGACAAAACCGUCAGAUUAUGGGACAUAGAAACCAAAUCUUGCCUAAAGUUAUUUGCUCACAAUGAUUACGUGACUUGUAUCCAGUUCAAUCCAGUAGAUGAUAGUUACUUCAUCAGUGGCUCUCUUGAUGCUAAGGUCCGCAUAUGGAGCAUACCAGAUCGCCAAGUUGUUGACUGGACUGAUCUCCAUGAAAUGGUCACAGCUACAUGCUACACUCCUGAUGGACAGGGUGCUUUAGUUGGUUCACAUAAAGGGAGCUGCCGUAUUUACAAGACAACUGAUUGCAAACUUCAUCAGGAAGCCCAAAUUGAUAUUCGGAGUAAGAAGAAAAAAUCUCAUGCCAAAAAAGUUACUGGAUUCCAGUUUGGUCCAGGCAAUCCUUCUGAAGUAAUGAUCACUUCGGCUGAUUCACAGAUUCGGGUCUUCGACGGCGUAAAGAUGGUUAACAAAUUCAGAGGUUUUCGAAAUACCAGCAGUCAAAUAUCGGCAUCAUACACCUCAGAUGGGAAAUACGUUGUAUGCGCGAGCGAGGACUCUCACGUAUACAUCUGGAAGCGAGAAGCCUCUCGCAGCGCAAGCGCUGGAGUAAAAAGCAAAAGCUGGACCACCACCCGAUCCCACGAGCACUUCUAUUGUAAAGACGUGUCGGUCGCGAUCCCUUGGCCCGGCUGCGGGACUAACUGUGCAUUUUCGCCAUCUCUGUCUGCCUUUCCCGAAAGAUCUAUUUCUAACCUCCUAGACUCUUUCCCUAGCAGCAGAAGCCAUCUCCCGCCUCUCCCCGAGAAGAGCUUCUCAGAACGGACUCUGCCCUGCUCCUCUGACGAGCCAUGCAGCAGCAUACUGCACUCGAGAUCAGGAGUCUGUAGCGAGUCCUUCGUCUCGGCUUCUUCUUCGAUUCGUUCAAGUGCGAUUUGCUCCUCCAUUUCCGACUCCGCCAACAUUUCGAAUUCAUCCUCGACGUGGGGAGGCAGCAGUAGCAGUAAGAACAGCGGCAGCAACAGCCCCGAGGCUGCGAGUGCGUGGGGCUUGGUCGUAGUAACGGCCGGCCUGGGAGGGGAUAUCAGGAUAUACCAAAAUUUCGGGUUGCCGCUUCGACUCAGUCGGCAAACCAAUCUAUUCUACUAAGUAAAAAUUUUGAAUGUUCUCCCCCCUUUUUUCCCUCCUAUUGAUUUAUUCAGUAAAUUCUCGAUUUUUCGUUAGUUUUAGUGGUUAUAAUAUAACGGUUUGCUGUGAUGGAUUGCGAGAUUUUGUUAGCGGGUUUUGAUUGAUUGCAAGUGUUAUAAAUCUGCCGCAUACAUGUUGGCUUGUAUACUUUUGAAAGUGGAAUCAAUUCAAUUAUGCAAUUGCUAACUUUUUGUGAGA